CCACCCCGGUGGAGCACAGACACUGAAGCUGACUGGACUCCAUUUGGAGCUUUCAAAUAAUUUGGACCUUGAAUUUAAGCAAAGGACUUCCUUCCUGUUGGAGUAGUUCAACUUGGUUUGAUUUGAUUUUCGGUAGGAGCAUCUUGGACUACAUCUGCACUGUUUGACUUUCAUCUUUUCUUUGUCUGUUCACUGCUGUGCUGGAAUUGUAUCCCCCCUGUGAAUGCUGAAGUUGGUGGGUGAUCCUCAGAAAACAGGAGGUGAGGUGGUAACCAUGUGGAUCCCAACCCCCAGCAUGACUCUCCCUCAGCGGAUGGUGCUGUAUGGGACAUGUCUUGUGGCGUUGAUGAACUCUGUGGGCCUUCUGGUGCUCUUGGUCCAGCAGAAUCAGCAACGUGCCUGGCUAGAGCAGACAGGGACAAGGCUGACUGAGGUGGAGCAGAGCUCGGUGGUGGAGUUCCUCCAAGAGGUGCCAAGAGGAGCGGCGGGGAUGCGGGCAAGCAUAGCGGAACACCCGCAACACCAGUACCAAUACUCCAGAAAUAAGCGAAGUGAAGAGCUGGAGAAGGAGCUGCAGCAGGAGCUUCACCACGAGGUCAGCCAGGAGGUGGGAGAGGAAACAGAGAAGAAGAUGAAGCUGAAGCACAAGCACCGACACAGCCAGAGUUACCACAAGGCACACAUGCAGGAUGACAUGAUGAUGAUGAUGACUUACUCCAUGGUCCGGUGAGAUGAGAUACCUAUCAAAUUAUUGAUAGACAUUUGCAACAGCACCAAGGGAGUCUGUAUAGCCGGACCCCCAGGACCUCCUGGUUUGCCUGGUGUGGACGGUAUGCCCGGCCACAAUGGGACUGAUGGCAUCCCAGGACUGAAUGGACUGCCCGGGGCUGAUGGGAAAAGAGGGAAAAAAGGGCUGCCAGGUGAGACAGGAGAACCAGGUGAAAAAGGAGAGCGAGGAGAGCCUGGUCCGCCUGGAGAGAACGGACAACCAUCCAAUGACGUCAUUAUUGAGGGUCCUCCUGGUCCUCCUGGUCCUCCAGGACCUCCUGGCCUUAUGGGUCCUCCUGGACCUCCAGGCCCUCAGGGGCCUCCCAGAAUAAGGCACCACCGAGCCAACCUUCAGGCUGCUCAGACCCUGAGGCCCUUACACGCAAUUUCAAAUGAUGAAAAGUCGUCUGUAAAGAAGGCUGUGAAACUACAUGACAGGCCAGCUAAGAAGAACGAGUGCCUGAUUAAGUCUCUGAUCAACCCCAGGAAUGUGACAAAGAUGGAGAGCACAUUUGGCACAUGGAUGAAAGACACCGCUCAGCUAAAUGAUGAGCGAAUAUGGGUGGCAGAACACUUUUCUGGUCGUGUGGUGAAGGAGUAUAAAAGCAUUGCCUCCUUCCAGAACAGCAGCAGUGACAUUGUGGAUGUUAGAAAGUUUUACCAAGGCUGCGGACACACGGUCCACAAUGGUUCGUUCUAUUAUCAUAUUGCUGGUACUUCCAGCAUUGCCAGAUUUGACUUUGAUACCAAGAAGCUUCACACUCUCACUAUAGACAAUGCUUUGUACCACAACCUCGCCUACCUGCUCCACAACUCCAAGACAUACUUCAAACUGGCAACAGAUGAGAACGGCUUGUGGCUGAUUUUUGCCUCCAGUGUAGAUGAGAGCAUCAUGGUGGCCCAGCUGGACCAGAAGACCUUCUCUGUCACAUCCUACAUCAACACCACUUACCCCCGCACCAAGGCGGGCAAUGCCUUCAUCGCCUGUGGGGUCUUGUAUGUCACCGACACAAAGGACACCAGAGUCACCUUUGCUUUCGACCUGCUGAAGGGAAAGCCAGUCAAUGUGACUUUUGACUUGAGGUCUCCAGGUGGAGUGCUGGCAAUGCUCUCCUACAGCCCCAAGGACAGACACCUGUAUGUGUGGGACCACAGCUACGUCAGGCUCUACGUGGUCCACUUCAUCUCUGAUGAGUGAGAAACAUCCUGUCAGAACAUGACAGACAACAUGCAGACAUAACUGCUACAUAGUGAGCAAAAUGCCUGCUGACCAACUAUUCACUCCAUCUUUGGAUAUUAUAGUAAUAAUUUUAAGGGUUUCAAGAGAGAUGUACACCUCAGUCUCAACUUUAUCAACCGGUAGAGCAUUGCUGUCACGUGCUAAAAACAAGUUUCACUAGAGGGAAAUCAGUUUUUGGUCCAUAAUUAUUGUGAUACUGUCAAAAAUAAAUACUGCUAUAUUUAUAUCCUAUCCGCAAUGUACACAAGAGAUUUUGGAGUUACUAAUGGUGUGAAAACAUAUCAUUUCGUAUCAAACAGUUCACAAUUUAUACAAAUUGAACUUAUAACUCUUUGUUGUAAGUUGUUAAUUAUUUAGCGUAUUUGCAUGACUAUGAUCUUUUAUGUAUUUUUUUAUAUAGAUAUGUUAUCCCACUGACAUUCUGUAUAGAUAGUCCACCUGCAUUUGUAAUGAAGCAUGGUCCCUGGUUACUUAUUCCUCUCGACAGAAAAGAAAGAAAAACAGUGCCAUAUCACCCUGAUGAAAUAAAAAGAAUUUAUUCACUUUACAAAGGUAAAA